GACCAAACCCAACUCGGUUCUUCGCUGGAUUCCAGCCAAUAAUUGCCUCCUCAUUUUCAGAUUUACCACGACCAUGACAGUGCACCCGACGACCUACCGGACGACGACGCCCGAGCCGACAACGUACUACGGCAGCCUCCACUACGCCGCCACACCGUAUGCCGCGGCUGCAUACCCGGCCGAGACGUACACGCACUACUCGAACCUCUACGGCGAGCAAUUCCACCACCACUGGCAGCUCUCGGCGCCCGUCGAGGACAAGCCCAAGCAAGUCAAGGCGACGCGGGCCAAGCGCGCCAAGCAAGACACCAAGGAGUACAAGAAGGAAUGGUAUGCCGCCCACCGCGACGCGCAGAAGGAAAAGAUGAAGGCGUGGUACGAGAAGAACAAGGCCAAGCGCCUUUUGCAAAUGAAGGCGUACAACUCGCGCCGGCUGCAAAUGCAGCGCGAAGCCAGCAAGGCGAAAUCGUCUCCGAGCAGAACCACCGCAGAGGCCGCCAACAAGGCGAGUCUGAGCUUCAUCUUGUGCGACUAGACACGCGCGUAGUGUCCAAUGUGGUGUCCUCCUUGUCUGUUGUCCUAGUUCGUUCAAAUAAAUUUAUUCCCUCCUCCUCAUUCACUGCGAUAAAAAGCGGCGCUAUACUUUCGAA